UAGGGUUUUGCAGGAAUGGAGAUAGAAAACAGUGGAGAUGGUGCCAGUGUCACUAUUACUAACAAGGAGAAAGAGGAAUAUGGUGGAGUAAUCGGAAGCAUUCAUAUUUCAUCACUAGAAAACUCAGAAUCCAGUGUUGUGGAUCUGACUGGUCUUGUUCAUCAGCUCCCUUGCUGUAUCAAACACGAUGGUCCUUCCUCCGUCUCUCAAUACUUCAAACCCAAUAAAUCUGGUAUUGUGAUGGAGAAUGGUAUCAGUGUAGAAGAAACUCAUUUCAGAGGAAGGAAAUUGCAAGGAGCAAACAUUCCCCUUCCACAAGGAUAUUCUGGUUAUGUUUUGGGGAAAAAGAAGAAACCAAUUAAGAGGAAAACUUGUGAAGAGGAGGAUAGGGAUUCCUGGGAGACAUGUGCAAGAUUUCAAAGCAUUACGUAUUGGAAUCACGACAACAUUCCUUCUCAAGAUGAUGUUCUGUUGAGGUCUUUUCACUGGUUCAAAAUUGCUAAUGCGCUGCACGCACCUGUUCCUAUUGACGAUUUGGCUUCUGUGCCCAAUCUUUCAUGCUAAAGUCAAUGCAAACAUUUAAGGGAUUUAAGUCUUACGAAUUCAGACGCAUUUAUGUAUUAAAUGUAACUAAAACUAGGUUAUUUGAGUUUUUCCAAAUUGCUUAGCAGGAUUUUCACCAAGAUUGAGAAAUAUGUAUACACAAGUGGGUUUACUACUCCUUGACGCAGUUAUUCGGGAAGAAGUUGGAUGAUUCUGUGGAAUAUGUUUCUCAUUAUUGCUACUGGUGUAAUUGAGUUUGUGGAACCAUUUAAGUCCCCGUCAUGUCCAGAAAAAUA